GCCGUGCCCCCCGCAGCUCCCCUCGCGCCGGCGGAAGCGCAGCGCCCGGCCGCCCCGUCGCGCGCGGCCCGAGGGCAUGCGGCAGCCGCGGGGGCCCCGCUCCCGGGCUCGGCGGCGCGGGCGAGCGUGAGCGGAUGUUCAGUUCUUCUCCACAAUGAAUGAGUGUCACUAUGAUAAGCAGAUGGACUUUUUUUAUAACAAAAGCAACAGUGCCACUGCCGAUGACUGGACAGGAACGAAGCUCGUGAUCGUUCUAUGUGUUGGAACAUUUUUCUGCCUGUUCAUUUUCUUUUCUAAUUCUCUGGUCAUCGCAGCGGUGAUUAAAAACAGAAAGUUUCAUUUUCCCUUCUACUACCUGUUGGCUAACCUAGCUGCUGCAGAUUUCUUUGCCGGAAUUGCCUAUGUAUUCCUGAUGUUCAACACUGGCCCCGUUUCAAGGACUUUGACCGUCAACCGCUGGUUUCUCCGCCAGGGGCUCCUGGACACUAGCUUGACCGCCUCCCUGACCAAUUUGCUGGUGAUUGCCGUGGAGAGGCACAUGUCAAUCAUGAGGAUGCGGGUCCACAGCAACCUGACCAAAAAGAGGGUGACAUUGCUCAUUUUGUUUGUCUGGGCCAUUGCCAUCUUUAUGGGGGCGGUCCCCACACUGGGCUGGAAUUGCCUCUGUGACAUCUCUACCUGCUCUUCCCUGGCCCCCAUUUAUAGCAGGAGUUACCUCAUUUUUUGGACUGUGUCCAACCUCGUGGCUUUCUUCAUCAUGGUCGUGGUGUACCUGCGGAUCUACAUGUACGUCAAGAGGAAAACCAACGUCUUGUCCCCACAUACCAGUGGCUCCAUCAGCCGCCGGAGGACCCCCAUGAAGCUAAUGAAAACAGUGAUGACUGUCUUAGGGGCCUUCGUGGUGUGCUGGACCCCGGGCCUGGUGGUGCUGCUGCUGGAUGGCCUGAACUGCAAGGAGUGCGGCCUGCAGCACGUGAAGCCGUGGUUCCUGCUGCUGGCCUUGCUCAACUCCCUCAUGAACCCCGUCAUCUACUCCUACAAGGACGAGGACAUGUACAACACCAUGAAGAAGAUGAUCUGCUGCUUCUCUCAGGAGAGGAACCCGGAGAGGCGGCCCUCCCGCAUCACCUCCACGGUCCUCAGCAGGAGCGACACGGGCAGCCAGUACAUGGAAGAUGGUAUCAGCCAGAGCACCGUCUGCAACAAGAGCAGCUCCUAAUCCCGGUGCCCUCGGCCCUCCCAGCCUGCACUGCGCGGAGAGCUGCUAAGCAUGGUUGCCUGUCUCUAACAAAGCCCGUGUACAGUGUUAUUUGAGGUCUCAACUAAUCAUUGCUAG